ACAAAAUACAUUAUACACACACAAAAUAAAAAUACACACACAAAAUAAAAAUACACACACAAAAUAUGAUUGCGGGCGCUUGCAGGGUCGGCUUACUCGGAAUUGCUCGUAAUUGAUCGUUUUUGUUUUCAAAGUUCUAAUGGUUCCAACUUCCAGAGUACAUAAUAAAAUUCAUUGAUUUCACUGUGAUCAAUUAUUUCAAAGUUGCUUACGAUAUUGCUCCCCGUAUUCUGGUUAAAAUUAAGGUUAAUGUGUUGUCCUAGUUGCGGCAACAAUCCGGCUCAGUCUCGGAAUCAAACACGUACUGUGAUGAUUGUUUAUCAGAGCAAAACAUUACACGCUUGAUAACAGGUUAUUUCAAUCGUGGUUAUCCGUAUGGGGCAAUCGUCAGACUUUUGCAAACCUCCGGUAUUCUGAUGUCUAUACGGACGUUGAAGCGCCGCAUCAGAUCUUUGGGCUUAAGACGAAAAGGACAAGUCUGGACGACUGUCUGGCUAUCGAAGUAUUUGGCAUGCAUUAAGACUUCGUCAUAGUAUAAAUGUGAGUCGUCGCGUAGUAGCCAGAAUUAUGAAGGAAAUCGACCCAGAUGGCGUGGAAACAAGAAAGGCCAGACGAUUACAUCGUAGAGUAUAUAAAAGCCUAGGAGCAAACGCUUGCUGGCACCUCGACGCUGGACGAUGUGGUGCUACUUUGGGAGAUGUACUAAUCUUUGCAACAGGAAGUGAUGACAUCCCACUUCUUGGCUUUACACCAAUGCCUUCACUAUGCUUUUGGGAAGAUGUUCGUCCAAGAUCAAACAUGUGUGAUACCACACUUUAUCUCCCUCUAUUCCCUGGUUCAAAGGAUGAAGUGCAAUAUGAUAGUUUUAAAGAAAAAAUGGAUGAUGGAAUUUUAAAUUCACCUUUUGGGAUUCCAUAAAGUUUUAGCAGUUUUUUAUAACAAGUACAUAUUCAAUUAGUUCAAAGUUCUUAUAACGUGUUUAUAACACCAAAUUUUAAGUUUAGUGGCGGAAUGCUACGUUUUAGCAUAAUGGUAUUCAACAAUUUACAACAAAUCAUGUUUCAUAAUAUAGUUUUAUUUGCUUUGCAAUUGGUUGCAAAAGCCUUUUUGCAACAGUAUAUUUCUAUUUCAUCUUUGCGACAUGGGUAUCAUUAUGCCAAAUACAUCUUACAUGGUAA